AUGGUGACUGAUCCUAUUAAAAUUCUUGGACACAAGGACACAGGGACACAACAAGAACACAAGAAGAACCCCUUCAGUUUCAUCUAUGCAUUCAGGUACUUGGUAGCAGGAAGCGCUGUAGGUGUCUUGUAUAAUGUUUUGCAGAUGGGUCCGGCAAUCUAUCUCAUUCUUACCAGAAAAUUAUUGUUGUCUUACCCUUUCGAAUUGUAUUUUGACAUCCUUGCAGAUCAGGUGAUUGGAUAUUUGUUGGUGUCAAUCGCUUCGGCGGCCUUUGCUGUUGCCUUGGAACUCAGAGGAGAGCAUGACCACUUUUUCCAUGGUGGUGAAGUUCUUCCGAGUUAUUUGAAGGAAGCUGAGUUCUCAGCAGUGCUGGCUCUUAUUGCUACUCUUCCAAUGAUCGUAACUUCUAUGCUUUCAGCCUAUGUUCUCUUCAAAACCUAGAUAUCAAUCCUAUUUUUGUCAAUCAUUUAUAGAUUAUAUCGUUUAUCAUUCAUAUAAGAAUAGCCAGUUGAAUUGUUCAAUAAUGGAACAAUUUGCUGACUUAAAGUAAACAUAUAAGAAAUAACGUACCAGUUGAUUACAUAUAUGUCUGGAUAACACAGACUUGUCUGUCAUGGAAGGAUCAUCAGUUAAUCCUUUAUCCAUGUAACCCUCACCUGAUGUUCUUUCUUAGUUGCUCCUAUUCAAUGUUUAUUGGAGCCACCAAAAUUUGUACUAGAACCAGAAAAAGUUAAAGGAUUUUCUGAUACAUUAAUUAUUACGAUGGGAUGAACAAAAUUGUGAAAAAACUUGUGCUUUCAAAAAUAUAAAUGUUUUCUUUCAUGACGCUUCACUUUCCUAGGGGAAGCUCAUGGA